AGAGCUCAGGAAAUGAGGUGAUCAGUGGGGCGAGUAAGGAAGGGGGGUUGGGAGAGGGGCGAUUGGGCAACCGGGCUGCACAAACACGGGAGGUCAAAGAUUGCGCCCAGCUGGCCCGGGCCGGGAAUAAAAGGACGUGGGGCGCGGGAGGCUGCACAGAAGUGAAUCGGACUGUGCUCGCUGCUCAGCGCCGCACCCGGAGGAUGAGGCUCGCCGUGGGAGCCCUGCUGGCUUGCGCCGUCCUGGGGCUGUGUCUGGCUGUCCCCGAGAAAAGUGUGAGAUGGUGUGCAGUGUCAGAGCAUGAGGCCACCAAGUGCCAGAGUUUCCGCGACCAUAUGAAAAGCGUACUUCCAUCCGAUGGUCCCAGUGUUGCAUGUGUGAAGAAAGCCUCCCACCUUGAUUGCAUCAGGGCCAUUGCGUUAAACGAAGCGGACGCUGUGACGCUGGAUGCGGGUUUGGUGUAUGACGCUUACCUGGCUCCCAAUAACCUGAAGCCUGUGGUGGCAGAGUUCUACGGGUCAAAAGAGGAUCCACAGACUUUCUAUUAUGCUGUUGCUGUGGUGAAGAGGGAUAGUGACUUCCAGAUGAACCAACUUCGAGGCAGGAAGUCCUGCCACACGGGCCUGGGCAGGUCCGCUGGAUGGAACAUCCCCAUAGGCUUACUUUACUGUGACUUACCUGAGCCACGUAAACCUCUUGAGAAAGCAGUGGCCAAUUUCUUCUCGGGCAGCUGUGUCCCCUGUGCGGAUGGGACAGACUUCCCCCAGCUGUGUCAACUGUGUCCAGGGUGUGGCUGCUCCACCCUUAAUCAAUACUUCAGCUACUCAGGAGCCUUCAAGUGUCUGAAGGAUGGUGCUGGGGAUGUGGCCUUUGUCAAGCACACGACUAUAUUUGAGAACUUGGCAAACAAGGCUGACAGGGACCAGUAUGAGCUGCUUUGCCUGGACAACACCCGGAAGCCGGUAGAUGAAUACAAGGACUGCCACUUGGCCCGGGUCCCUUCUCACACCGUCGUGGCCCGAAGUGUGGGUGGCAAGGAGGACUUGAUCUGGGAGCUUCUCAACCAGGCCCAGGAACAUUUUGGUAAAGACAAAUCAAAAGAAUUCCAACUAUUCAGCUCUCCUCAUGGGAAGGACCUGCUGUUUAAGGACUCUGCCCACGGGUUUUUAAAAGUCCCCCCAAGGAUGGAUGCCAAGAUGUACCUGGGCUAUGAGUAUAUCACUGCCAUCCGGAAUCUACGGGAAGGCACAUGCCCAGAAGCCCCAACAGAUGAAUGCAAGCCUGUGAAGUGGUGUGCGCUGAGCCACCACGAGAGGCUCAAGUGUGAUGAGUGGAGCGUUAACAGUGAAGGGAGAAUAGAGUGUGAAUCAGCAGAGACCACCGAAGACUGCAUCGCCAAGAUCAUGAAUGGAGAAGCUGAUGCUAUGAGCUUGGAUGGAGGGUUUGUCUACGUAGCGGGCAUGUGUGGUCUGGUGCCUGUCUUGGCAGAAAACUACAACACUUACCCAGACAGACCUAGUUGUGAGAAUACAGCAGAGGACGGGUAUUUUGCUGUAGCAGUGGUGAAAUCAUCUUCUGACGUCACCUGGGACAAUCUGAAAGGCAAGAAGUCCUGCCAUACGGCAGUUGGCAGAACCGCUGGCUGGAACAUCCCCAUGGGUCUGCUCUACAGUAAGAUCAACCAUUGCAGAUUUGAUGAAUUUUUCAGUGAAGGUUGUGCCCCUGGGUCUGAGAAAAACUCCAGUCUCUGUAAGCUGUGUAUGGGCACAGAACCAAACCUGUGUGAGCCCAACAACAAAGAGGGAUACUAUGGCUACACAGGGGCUUUCAGAUGUCUGGUUGAGAAGGGAGAUGUGGCCUUUGUGAAAGACCAGACUGUCCUACAGAACACUGAAGGAAAAAACCCUGAUGCAUGGGCUAAGAAUCUGAACCAAAAAGACUAUGAGUUGCUGUGCCUUGAUGGUUCCAGGAAACCUGUGCUGCAGUAUGCAAACUGCCACCUGGCCAGAGCCCCGAAUCAUGCUGUGGUUGCACGGAAAGAUAAGGCAGAUUGUGUCCGCACGCUGUUACUUGACCAGCAGCGCAUGUUUGGAAGUAGUGUAACUGACUGCUCGAGCAACUUUUGUUUGUUCCGGUCCAAAACCAAGGACCUUCUGUUCAGAGAUGACACAGUAUGUUUGGCUAAACUUCAUGACAGAAACACAUAUGAAAAAUACUUAGGAGAAGAAUAUAUCAAGGCUGUCACUAACCUGAGAAAAUGCUCCACCUCACCACUCCUGGAAGCCUGCACUUUCCAUAGAGCUUAAAAUCUGAGAGGUGGGGCUGCCACCAACGUGGAGAUGGGAGCACAGAUGAUCCAUGAGUUUGCCCUGGUUUCAGUGGCCCGAGUGGUUUGUGCUAACCAUGUCUGUCUUCACAGCUCUGUGUUGCCCUGUGUGCUGAACAAAAAAUAAAAAUUAUUAUUGAUUUUGUGUUUCAAAAA